AUGGCACCAGAUCUAAACUCAGUACCUCCAUCUCCAAGACUUCAGGAGGUUAUUGCCUCUCCACGUCUCACAUCUCGUACUCCUUCUCGACGCACUUCUCAAGCAAUGUCUUCAUCAAAUCCUCGUCUCUCGGCGACAUCCCUUCACAUUCUUCCUUCCAAUCAAAGUGCUGUAGCUGCAGCUUCACCUCCUUUGAUGUCACCUAACAACAUUUUGACAUCUGCCACGGGAACAAUUCUAGCAGGAGACAAUACAGGUGUAGGAAUGGGACCUGGACCUUUGAGACAUCCAAGGCCUUUGACGGCUGCGGAUUUGCAUUUACAAUUGGAGAAGGAACAGGAAGCGGUUGUAAAUCGUCUAACCCGCGAACUCACUAUGCUCCGCGCUGCCCAAAAUGCUUCCGUCGUCUCGAACACGUCAUCCACUUCCGCGGGUCAUCCCGAUGCAUUAGACAAUACAAACCAUCUCCUCUCCGGUCCCAAUCAUCCCUUACCUUCGUAUCGUCGCCAUCAUCGCACGUCUUCUAGCAACUCUACUCGAAGCAUCACUGCUACGGCCGGUAGCAUUAGCGCAGCCAGCGGGAUCGCGGCUCCUGCUGCCCGUCGCGUGGAUUCUCUACCUCAAUCUAUCUCCAUCAGUCGUCAAAACUCCACGACCGGCGUUCAAAGAUCCGGAGCCAGUAGUCCUGCACCAUUGAGCGGUAGUUAUGGACAUGCUGAUCAAUUUUCGCACUUCUAUCACCAACAACAACGACCUAGUAUAUUACAACAUCGUGAUUAUUCAUCAGGCAAUGUUCCAACAAUGAGUGGUGGUGCUGGGGGAGAUGUUGUUAGUGCGACAAGUGUGCCGACUACGGGAAGAUAUGAGGAAGCAGCUUUUCAAAGACAAGAACUAGAGAGUGUCAAGAAAGAGAACGAGGCGUUGAAGAAGAAGAUUAGGGAGUUGGAGAGGACAAUAAGGGAUAGGAGACAAAGUGAUGCGAGUUUGACCAGACCAAGAAGCGAGAGUGUCAGUACAACGGCUAGCAUGGCAGUUGGGAGGGCUAGGGAUGGUGUGAAAGACAAAGAUGCGGAAGAAGAUGGGGGUGUUAGGGUGGGCGAGAGUGCUAGAGGUGGUGGGUUGAGAUGA